UCUCGCGAGGUUACGUGUUGCCAUGGAAUAGCCAGAAUAGUGUCGGCCGUGUUGGAGUAGACUAUAAGCUACAGAAAGUUUAGUGUUGUCUAAAAGAUGUUCAAUGUCAUGGCUGAAUAAUUAGAUGAUUUUCACAAACAAGAGUAAGAUGGAUGAUAUUCACCCUCUGAGAUCACUGAUCUUCCCCUCAGUUACACAACAAGCUGCAGAGAAUGAAGAGCAACAGGAUAUAAACUUUGUGCAGAGGUUGUCGGCGCCAUGAUCACAGUGACCGAUACAGUGAAUCUCAGUUUGGAAGAGGACUGAAACAGGAAUUCAACACUGACCAUAAUUGGAGUUUCAGGAGCUGCAGAUCAUCUAAAGAGCCGGAUUUGACGCAUAGACGACAGCAACAUCAGUCUGAUAUCAACUCAUUGGGACUCGUAUCACCACUGACGGGCUGUGACGAUGGCAGGUGUGGCAACGAUUCAGCUCAAAACAUUCCGGACACAUUUCCUCCACCAUCCAUAAACGUCAACAACUUCUCCAGCCUGCAAUUAAUGCGCCUCUAAUGGCCGUAUUAGUUAAACCAACUCGCAAGGACAUCACGCUAAUUGCUCACUUUGUAUGCAAAUGUUGGACACGUUGUUUGGGCGAGGACAAGGAGGAGGAGGAGGAGGAGGAGGAGGAGGAGGAGGAGGAGGAGGAGGAGGGAGUGUGAUGAUGGGACGAGCUCUGUUGUCAGUUUGCCACCCAAGACGUGAUUCAGCUCCAACAAUCACCAUUAUCUGUUCCUCAGUUUGACGAUACGGGACGAAUCUGUAAUGAUGACGAGUGUUUCCUUCGCUCAUUGUUGAAGGAUUUCUUGUCCCGCACCUACUCCAGCCAUUCAGGUACUCUGCGGUAGGAGGAGGCUUUAUAAGCUUGUGUUUGCAGCUUAUGGAGUGCUGUUUGUGUAAACACUGAACCCAGCACACACACACUCUGCUUUUCGAGCUGCUGUUUGGACAGCGCGUAAAGUGGAGAGCAUCCGCUGCGUUUUUUUUUUCUUCUCCUUCUUGGAUAAACUUACUUCCUACGCAAAACAAACUCAGGAUUGCGCACACGGACGCGAUGGCUGCCCCGACCAAGUUCAGUUUUUCCGUCAGGAGCAUCCUGGAUCUGCCUGAGCAGGAUGCGGAGGCUGGGCCGCGGUCCUCUCAUCUCUACUCCUCCUCCUGCUCCUCCAGCUCUCCUUACAGCUCCUGGAUGGACUGCGACCGGAGCCCUUGCAUAUCCUCUGACGAAGGUAGCCUCGAGGCCUCCCCGGACUCCACCAAGCCGGAUGACUCGUCUCUGGACUCGGAGCCCGACAAGAGCAAGAAGAAGAGCAAGAAGCGCCGGGUCCUGUUCUCCAAGGCCCAGACCCUGGAGCUGGAGAGGCGCUUCCGCCAGCAGCGCUACCUGUCCGGCCCGGAGAGGGAGCAGCUGGCUCGGCUCCUCAGCCUGACCCCGACCCAGGUGAAGAUCUGGUUCCAGAACCACCGCUACAAGAUGAAGAGAGGCCGGGCAGAGGGAGCGCUGCAGGACCUGGAGAUACCGCAGCCUCCAAUGCUACGCAGAGUCGUCGUUCCUAUCCUGGUCCGGGAUGGGAAACCUUAUCACACCUGCUUACUUGACACGGAGAAAGCUGGAUGUUUACAUCCUUCUUCUCCAGCGGUCCACUUCCCCCUGGCCUACCCGUCUCUUCAGCACCCGUCCCACGUCGCUCUUCCUCCGCGGUACCACCAGCACUUUCCGGCCUCCAGACUCGCCUGGAGAGACUUUUGGAGCGACUCGCUCCACUUUAACUCCUUCAAGUGAAAGUGAAGGCCUCAUUUCAACGCACAAACUCAUUUAGAAAUUGCAUCAAAUGUUUUCUGAAUGCAAAUUUUCGAGCAAUUAAACAUAUAGAUUUUCAUAUAGAACGAAGGAUAUUUUGCACAUUUUAUUUUGAUAUUUUACUAUUUUUUUUAAAUGCUGAUAAUAUUUUCUCAUACGAGGCUUACUGGUGUAGAUUUUUUAAUUAUCCGGUGAGAUAAUGUAUUUGUAUGUGAAACUGUUGAAACAUAAUAUUUGUAUAAAUAACUUUUGUUGAAGACAAAUAAGUUGCAGUAGGCUUUAGGCGGUGAUAGAAGAGAAGCCUGAAUGUUUGAAGGAAAAUAUAAUGUUAUUUUUUGUCUUUAAGGAGACUUUCUUUAAAGGUUUUUAAUGUUUAAAAUGUUUCUUUUUGUGAACGAAAUUAUUAAUAAAAAGUUUCUCAUAUUUUGUA